CUGUCUAUUCUCAGUUUGCCUGUCAACUCUCAGUUUAGUUACACCCGAUAGAAGGCAGGUUUUACUCAUCAUUUUUAGGUGUCAUUAUUAUAUUCAUAUUCCGUAGGAACCAUGCCACAAAACGAAUAUAUAGAACGGUUUCGAAAAGAACAUGGUCGUAGAUUUGAUUAUGAAGAAAGAAAGAGGAAAAAAGAAUCCAGAGAAGGUCACAAACGCUCAUUAAAAGCUAAAAAAUUAAAGGGUUUAAGAGCUAAAUUUUACAACAAAAAACUUCACGCUGAAAAAAUUGCCUUGCAAAAAACAAUUAAAUCACAUCAAUUGAAACAGACCAAUAAUAAAUCCAAGAAUGAACAAAAGACACCUAAAGGAGCUGUUCCACCAUAUCUUCUGGAUAGAGAAGCUUUUAAUCAAAACUCAUCUAAAGUAUUAUCAAAUAUGAUAAAACAAAAAAGGAAAGAAAAAGCGGGUAAAUGGGAUGUGCAUAUACCCAAAGUCAAAGGAAUUUCAGAAAAAGAAGUAUUUAAAGUUAUCCGAACUGGGAAAUCAAAAAAAAAAGCUUGGAAAAGAAUGGUUACUAAAGUAUGUUAUGUUGGCGAAAAUUUUACAAGAAAACCACCAAAGUUUGAACGCUUCAUAAGGCCAAUGGGUUUAAGAUUUAACAAAGCUCAUGUGACACAUCCAGAGUUAAAAGCCACUUUUCAGCUACCCAUCAUCGGAGUUAAAAAGAACCCAAAUUCCGCCCUUUAUACAUCACUUGGGGUCAUCACAAAAGGAACUGUUAUUGAGGUAAACGUGAGUGAACUAGGACUCGUUACACCUGGAGGAAAAAUAGUCUGGGGAAAAUAUGCUCAAGUCACGAAUGUUCCAGAAAAUGAUGGUUGUAUAAAUGCAGUUCUUCUCGUUUAAAAUAUUCGGAUUAUCAAUCGCAAAUACAUUGAAUUUUAUCAUACGAAAUCUUUUUUUUUGUAAAAAAUGAAAUAGAUGUAAAUGUAAGCGUGUUUUAUGUGAGUUCUAUUUAUUACAAACAUAAUAAAAUUUAAACGUU